CAUUCGCUAUAUCGUACGCUCAGUCUGCUAUCAGCUCUCGGGCCGGCUAGUCCCCAAGACUUGUACAUAUGUGCAUACUUAUUAUAUAUUAGUAAAAUAGACAACGCUUUAACAUCGACUAAGACGAAAAACUAAUUUUUUUUUUGUUUUAAUUUCGUUUAUUUUACUUCUUUUGAGUUUUAAGAAAAACUUCAUUCGUCGGGAAAAUACGGUCUCAUAGCUAACAAUAAAAAUGUCUUCGAGUGUCGAAGUAAUUACAACGAAAAUUUUCGAGGGUCAAAAACCGGGGACUUCCGGACUUCGUAAAGCUGUAAAAGUAUUUCAACAAGAGCAUUAUACCGAAAAUUUUAUACAAUCGAUAUUCGAAGCUGUCGGGGAUCAGUUGAACGGCUGCACUCUCGUUGUUGGUGGUGACGGACGCUAUUACGUCAAGGAUGUCGUACAGAAAAUCAUUCGCAUGGCUGCUGCCAAUGGGGUGAGCAAGCUCAUAGUUGGACAGAAUGGAAUAUUCUCAACGCCAGCUGUUUCCACAAUAAUAAGAAAAUACAAAACCCUUGGUGGAAUAGUUUUAACAGCCUCGCACAAUCCUGGUGGACCCAAUGCCGAUUUUGGAAUAAAAUUCAACUGUGACAACGGUGGUCCAGCUCCGGAUCACGUGACCAACAAAAUCUACGAUAUAACGACGUCAAUAAAGCAGUACAAAAUCGUCUCUGGUAUCAAUGUUGACAUUGGCAAGAUACAAACAAAUACAUUGAGCGUCGAUGGCAAAUCAUUCGUCGUCGAUGUCAUUGAUUCGGUCAACGACUACGUCUCCCUUAUGAAAGAAAUAUUUGAUUUUGAGAGCAUCAAAAAAUUGCUGCAAGGAACUAACGAGAGACCGAAAUUCGAAAUUCUCAUCGAUGCUAUGAAUGGAGUUACCGGCCCCUACGUUAAUCGUAUUUUUGGCGUCGAACUCGGCGUUGACGGAAAGAGCCUCGUGCAUUCCACUCCUCUCGAAGAUUUCGGUGGCCUUCAUCCAGACCCCAAUCUCACUUACGCUGCCGAUCUUGUCAAUACCGUAAAAAAUGGUAUUUAUGAUCUUGGCGCUGCAUUCGAUGGUGAUGGGGAUAGAAACAUGAUCAUUGGAAAGAAAGCAUUCUUCGUGACCCCUUCGGAUUCACUGGCAGUUCUUGCCGAACAUCUCAGCGUUAUUCCCUAUUUUCAAAAGACAGGAGUCAAGGGAUUGGCAAGAUCGAUGCCAACGGGUGGUGCCGUUGAUAAAGUUGCAGCGAAGCUGAACAUCGAAUGUUUCGAAGUACCCACAGGCUGGAAAUAUUUUGGCAACUUAAUGGACGCCGGACGUCUUUCGUUAUGCGGUGAAGAAAGUUUUGGCACAGGCUCCGAUCACAUCCGAGAGAAAGACGGCAUUUGGGCGUGCUUGGCUUGGCUCAAUGUCGUGGCAAAAAUCGGCAAAUCUAUAGAAGAUAUAUUGAAGGAUCAUUGGAAUAAAUUUGGACGUACUUUUUUCACUCGUUACGACUACGAGAACUGCGAUUCUGAUAAAUCCAAUGAAAUGAUGAAGGAGCUCGAAACAGCGAUCACCGAUCCGUCCUUCGUCGGCAAAAAGUUUGGCGAAUACGAGGUCGAGAAAGCAGACAAUUACUCGUACAAGGACCCCAUUGACGGUAGCGUCGCUACCAAGCAGGGCCUCCGAAUACUUAUGAAAGGCGGUUCACGGGUUAUAUUUCGUUUGUCUGGUACUGGAAGUUCUGGUGCGACUAUUCGUCUUUACAUCGAGCGCAACGAGACGAAUCCCGAAAAUUUUGAAAAAGACGCACAAGUGGUUCUGAAGCCACUCGUUGAUGUAGCCCUGGAGUUGUCUUCCCUCAAGAAAUUUACAGGCCGCGACGCACCAACCGUUAUUACGUGAACUGUUCGCGUGAGAUAGAUCAUUUUUAUUUUUUUUUUUCACGUCUACGUUAAACGCACAAUUUUCUUAAGUGUUUUUUGGACAGACGCUUAGUCAGGAUCAAAUGUAGAUUUUAUAACCACGAAUAAUCUUAAAUGGAUAUUCGUCAUAUGUAUUUACAUUCAUUGUUAUAUAGAUAUACCUACGUACAGGAGAGCUAUCGAUAGUUGAGUAUUUUCAUUGCAGCUGUAUAGUUCUCGUAUGCUUCAAAGUAACGAACAAUGAUCCGUCGACCAUAAUUCAUCGACGAUUUUUUUCAAUUUCCGAAUUUUUUCGCAUAAAUCAUUAUCCAAUCGCCUAUUGCUCGUACAAAUAAUAAUUAUUUCUAUUAUUGACAUUGUGUAAGGAAAAUGUUUAUCCCGAUUGGAGCUGAAAGGAAUAUUUCAUUGGAAUAUAUGUAGUCUUUAAGUAGCCCAGUGUAGUAUCGUAAAGAUUGAGAUAAGAGAUGAAACUAUACCAAAAAUGGAUGUUAGGAAAACCGGGAAAAAAGUUCGUGGUAAUAACAGCAUUAAAAAAAAAACAAAUAAAUUAUAUUGAUAAACGAAUGAAAUAACUGAAUGGAAAUAGAAGUAAUUACCGCGACGAUGAUUAAGAAUAAUUGAGUUAAGGUACGAGCGUGUGUUAUUUAUGACGAAGAAUAUCGAUGAGAGACUAUAUUACGAGAAAUGAUGAGCGAGGAAUUUCUAUUCCGAAGCCAAAGAACGAUUAUUUUUUGUAUAUAAUGUAAAGGGUUGAAGAGAGGGAGAUUUAUUACUUGGGGACCUGAACCGAUAGCCGCACCCGUACAGUUCGAAUCUGAUUUUCGACGAUUCGACGUGGUCGUUUUUUUUCGAAAAUUGAAUGUCGUAACUGUCGCGUGGAAGCGAUGUCACAGACACCAGCGAUGACUGCCGAUCAUAAUUAUUAAAAAGAAAAAAAAACGAAGAAAUAAAAAUUAUUAAAUUCGUAAAUCUAUAUUUAUCGAUGUAUCGAAGAUAAAGGGUUGAAUGAGCGAAAGAGACAACGUGAAAAUGACACGAAAAGUCAGUAGGAAUAAACAGUUUUAUGCGCGUUCCUGAGAAUGAUAAUGAUGAUGUAUCGUUUUUUGUAAGUGUACUGUGAGCAAAUUUGAAAAUUGUACCGAAAAGAAAACGAUAAUUUGUCUCACUUCGCAUGAAUUAAUUCUAGAUUUUGCUGUAAAUUAUUAACGAAAUUGGUAUACUAUCCAGAAAUCUAUAAUCCCACUUGCACUAUCAUUGAUCUUUCUUUCAUUCGAUUACUCGUAAAUUCAAUGACUAUUGUAUAAUUUAUGUUUCGGAUGGUGACAAAAAUCGUCGUAUAUAUUCUCGCGAUAGAUCAUUGUUCGUACGAUAUUUCGAUAUGAACCAUCCCAGUAGUUUAUUGCGAAUAUUCUAAUAAUAAAUGUAUAAUAAUAAGAUUAAUUAACGUGUAGUGAAAACGAAAAUUCAAGUUGAAUAAAUAAACUUGUUUUACAGAUCUAA